AUGUCGAUUUCAGUUGAGGAUCUCGAGGCGUCUUUCUCUUUGGCCACGAAUGCCAUCCAUAUGGAUGAUCGCUACGCGGGCGUUGAUGUUGCCCCUGCAAUGCAUCCAAGUACCACAUUCAGAUAUCCUUACAACCCGAAUGACUUAAAGCCCCAGCAGGAUCUUUCAGUAAGUCGAUAUUCUUGGUCGGCACCGGAGCAAGAGACGCUGCAGAUGCGUUUGGAGACCCAGAUGAAGGCUAACGGCGUUUUUGCAUGGUCACAGAAGACUGAGAUGGUAUAUGCGCGCCUUGCCCGCCCCACGGGCUCUCGGUUCGAGCAUGUUCUGACAAGCAUUCUGAACGGCGAAUCGCUAGUUUAUUCGACCGGACUCUCUGCUAUUCACGCUUAUCUUGUCCGUUUGACACCAAAGAAAGUCGCCAUUAGCGGUGGAUAUCAUGGUACGCACAGUGUGCUGGAACUUCAUCACCGUCUAACAGGGACGACAAAAGUUACCCUUGACGAGAUCGAUCAACUGGAAAGCGGAGAUGUCAUUCACCUCGAGACCCCGGUCAACCCGACAGGCGAGGCGCGUAAUAUUGCCGCAUACGCAAAAGUUGCUCGGGAAAAAGGGUUGUACCUCGUUGUUGACUCGACAUUUGGGCCUCCUGCUCUCCAGGAUCCUUUCUUAUGGGGCGCGGACAUAGUGAUCCACAGCGGCACUAAGUACAUUGGCGGUCACAGCGAUAUUAUGUGUGGCAUAAUCAGUGUCUCGCCUAGUCGAAACGAUCUUUUCAAGGGUCUCUGGGAAGAUCGUUGUGCACUAGGAAAUAUCCUCGGCGGAUUCGAGUCCUGGCUUGGUCUCCGAAGCUUGCGAACUUUGGAUCUCCGUUGUCGUCAACAAAGCAAGAGCUGCGCCUCAUUAGUCAAAUGGCUGUCCGAACAGCUUCAAGAUUCUACACCAAAUCUUGUCAAUGCUACGGUUGAAGGAAUGACGCACGCAAGUCUUCAGGUAGAGCACUCGGAAUGGUUGGAAAAACAAAUGCCACACGGAUUUGGCCCAGUGUUUGGGCUGAUCAUGAAAACCGAAAGCUUUGCGCGACGACUUCCAAGCAAACUUCGUGUGUUCCAGCAUGCAACUAGCCUUGGUGGUGUGGAGAGUUUGAUUGAGUGGAGGAAGAUGUCAGACCACCUGGAGGAAGGCAACAUCUUACGAGUCAGCGUUGGAGUCGAAACCUUCGAAGAUCUCCAAAGAGAUAUUAUCAAUGGGCUCCAAUCCCUCGUGGAGGAAAUCUCAGAGACUGACUAG